AUGAAUAAAAAUCAAUCAGCUCAUUAUAUUACAAAUAACUAAUCAUAUGGUGAUGGUUGGUUAUUACAUAGUGGAUAACAAUAGGUGGAUAUGACAUCAUGUCCUGUACCUACAUAUGCUGAAAUUGUACGUCAAAUGCAAGUGAUAAUUCUAUUAUUAACUAGAUUAGGACUUUAGAAGAGCUGAGAAAUUACUGAAAAAUAAAUUGGUUGCUUAAACUAUAGGACUUGAGUUAUCUUAACCAAUUUCUGAAGAAGAAAAACAACGUAGAAAAUUAGAUAACAAGGUCCCAUCAAAGAAGUUUCAUGUCACUGAAUAAGAGUACAAGGCUCCUCCUUAAGGAAUCAAUGUUGGUAUGAGUUGAUGAUUGAUAAUAGGAUUACCAAUAUAUGAAACAUCUAAUAUGUAAUAUGGACAGUUAAAUCCAACAUCAUUUGAAUUGAUUGAGAAAUAUUAUCCUAGAGAUGCUAGAUUUACUUAGGCCUUUUUGGGAGACACCUACAAGUUUGAUGGAUUGAACACUAGUACAGCAUUCUCAAAAGUUCAUAAAAAAUUAGAUGAAUAUUGAC